UUGGAAUAGUACCUUGUUCGACAUUCAGAAAUUCCCUAGUGGAUCGGGUUCCGAUCUUUUUUUUCGUGUCGCGAAUUCUGAACUUGGUAAUUUAGAUAGAGAUGCUUAGUGUUUUUUCCCCCCCUUGGUUUUGAGAGAUUGUGCUGGUUUUAUUAAGCUUCCUUUGGUUGUUUUUUUAUUUGUUGAUGCAGAUCAUAAGAAAGACUUGAAGAAAAUCGUAAUAGCUUUGGUUGUAAUCGGCGUAACUCUUUUGUCUAUAUGCAUGUAUUUUUCGUGGAAAAGGGUAGUUAAGAAAAGAGGCGAAAAUAGAGCCAUUGUGCUCGGAAGAGCGGAAGCAUCAGAAUCACUCGAUUCGUCUCUUCAAGACACGUUAAGUAGGUUAAAUCUUGAAGAAUUACCAUUGUUUAAAUUUGAUGUACUCGUAGAUGCAACCGACAGAUUCUCCAAUGCUAACAAGCUUGGAAAGGGCGGUUUCGGCAUUGUUUACAAGGGAGAACUGGCAAACGGAAGAGAAAUCGCGGUAAAAAGGCUUUCUAAGGAAUCGGGACAAGGGAUAGAUGAAUUCAUGAACGAAGUAGUGCUUAUUUCUAAACUCCAACACAGAAAUCUCGUUAGACUAUUGGGUUGCUGUGUGGAGAAUAACGAAAAGAUGCUUAUAUACGAAUACAUGCCUAAUAAAAGCUUGGAUUUCUUUCUCUUCGAUAAAUCGCAAGAAAUCCUCGAUUGGAGAAAGCGUUUAAACAUCAUCGAAGGCAUUUGUCGAGGCCUUCUUUACCUUCACAGAGAUUCGAGAUUAAAGAUAAUCCAUCGAGACCUCAAGCCAAGUAACAUAUUGCUGGAUAAUGAUUGGAAUCCGAAGAUUUCCGAUUUCGGGAUGGCGAGAAUUUUCGGAAGCAACCAAGAUCAUAUCAGCACUGUAAGAGUUGUCGGAACAUACGGAUAUAUGGCUCCCGAAUAUGCAAUCGAAGGGAAAUUUUCCGAAAAAUCUGAUGUUUUCAGCUUCGGGGUGUUGAUGUUAGAGAUUGUUUGCGGAAGAAGGAACACGAGCUUUUACAAUCACGAAACCUCUGCCAAUCUCUUAGGACAUGUGUGGAAACUGUGGAGUGAAGACGAUGUAGGAGAAUCGAUAGACGUAAGAAUAUCGAGCCGAAGUUAUCGUACAGAAGUGGUGAGAUGCAUACAAAUAGGAUUACUGUGUGUGCAAGAACUGCCUAAAGAUAGGCCUUCGGUUUCGAGUGUGCUCUCAAUGCUUAAGAGCGAAAUAGCAGAGCUUCCGGAACCUAAACAAGUUGCAUUUUUUGCGUUGAAUUCGAACGGUAGUUCGAAUACGAGGGCAACUUCUUCUCAGCAGAGUCAAAGGAGUAGUGGCUCUGUGAAUAAUGUUACUAUCUCCGUCGUUGACGGUAGAUGAAAUAUUCGUAGUUGUCUCGAAGAAGAUUGUGAAUACAGAGAGUGGAAUAUACAUAGGGAUUUCUCAGCUUAUGUAUGUAUUUAUGUAUAGGCUCGUGUACGAGGAGGUUCAAGAUCGCUCAUCUUUAUUAAUUUAGGUUCAGGGUUUUUUUUUCUCUCUCUUUCGCGCGUAUAAGCUCACUCGAUCUACAUGUAUUGGAGUUUAUUGGAUUUAGUAAGCACGUGUUAUAUCGAAUC